AUGAGACUCGCCUUGGUUACUGAAAACCUCGCCCUCUUUGAUGACGAUACGAAAGUCAGUAGCUGUGAGAGCUGGGACGAGGGCUGUGCAGAUUAUCACUUGCUGAACAAAAUCCUUCUUUUGCUUUAGCUUGCAGAUUCGCUUGUGCCCUUGGAGAUUAAGCCCGGUAUUUCCUUAGCAACAGUUUCUGCCAUGUUGCAUACUAAAGACAACAAGCAUGUGCUACAGCUCCCUCCAAAACCUCCGCAGCCUCAGGCCAGCAAGAAGAGAAAGCGAGUGAGUGAUGACGUGCCGGAGUGCAAACCUUUGAAGCCAUUGCUGAGCGGCUCCAUUCCCGUGGACCAGUUUGUGCAGACGCUUGAGAAGCAUGGUUUCAGUGACGUGAAGGUGGAGGACACAGCCAAGGGCCACAUCGUACUGCUCCAGGAGGCAGAAACCCUCAUUCAGAUUGAGGAGGACUCCACACACAUCAUCUGUGACAACGACGAACCUCUGAGGGUGAAACUGCGUGACCUGGUGCUCAAAUUCCUGCAGAAAUUUUAGCUCGUGGACGUCACGUUGCUCUGCGGGGAGAGACCCCAGAGCUAAGAACUUUCCAGAAGGUGAGCCCAGGGAGAAUUUGUUGAUAGAGA